AUGGCGGCUUAUGGUGCGGUGAUUUCUCUCAAGAAUACGAUUGAGUGUAUUCUAGAAUCGUCUCGCAUUUGGCUGGGUCCUUCCUGUCCGCAAAUCUUACAACCCACCUACGAUGCCAUGUUCCGUUUGCAGAAGGUUCUACUAAAGGUAGAUGACACCGGGUACAACAAGAUCAGGACGAGGGUGAACGCGUUGGAUGAACGAAUCAAAGAGACCAUAUGGGAAUUCGAAGAUUUACUCGAAUCACAUUUCACCGAUCAAAUUCUUCCACAACUCGAAAGCUCAUCAUCAGGAGGUGAGAGCAAUCACUUGCAUUUCUAUCUAGAUCUGCAGUGUCUACAAGAGAGUGUUGAUAGCUUCGUCGAGAGGGUGAUAGUGAUGGAGGUGGAGUACGAUAUUGAGCUGGUGAAUAUGCCAGAAGAAGAAGACGAACCUAUUUCCUCAAGGAUUGAUUUUGGUGGAGUCAACUCGGAGAUGGUUGGAUUAUUUAAUGAAUUUGAAUUAGUCAAGGAUCAUCUUCUUGCAGAGGGUAAAAGAAAUUGGUUAUCCAUUAUUGGGAUGGCAGGGGUUGGAAAGACAACUCUUGCUAAGAAAAUAUUUGAUGAUCCAUCCAUACAGGCACAUUUUGAGCUUCGAGCAUGGAUCAAAGUGGGCCGGAAAUGUGAAUCCAAUGAAACAUUACGAUGCAUUCUAGCUCAAGUGGAUCCCAACACUCACCACCAAAUGCUUACCGAUGAUAUCAACGACAAGAUAUUAUUUGGACUCUUGGAAGAGAGAUUGAAGGAUAAGAAAUGUCUCAUUGUGUUGGAUGAUGUAUGGGAUUGGGACACACGAGUACUUGAUAUCUUGCCGGAAGACAAUGUCCGAAUCUUGUUUACAAGCAGACUAAGAAGCAGACCAGGAAUAAAAGAAUCUUCAUAUCUAAAAGUACGCUUGUUGGAUGAAGAAGAAAGUAAUAAAUUACUUGCUGAGAAGGUGUUUGGUGAAGAGGGCUUCCCUCCUCACCUUAAGAAAUUGGGAGAGAAGAUUGCCAAAAAAUGUGAAGGUCUUCCACUUAUGAUAGUCACAGUUGCAGAGCUCCUAUCCAAAGAAGACAAGACUACGAAAUAUUGGACUGAGGUAGUUGAAAAAUACCACAAUCCAGUAUUCAUGGAUGCAUAUGAUCAAAUAUCAGAGUGAUAUCAACAUACAUAAACUCAUACGUCGGUUGAUUGCUGAGGGGUUUGUUGAAGUCAUAGGAAAACAAACUUUGGAAAAUUUUAUACUUGAUUGCUCUUUGGAGCUUGCUCGUGGAUAUCAUCUUCUUCUGGUAGAGUUAAAUCAACAAACUAUGUUUUCAAGGAAUGAGUUUCGCGUGCAUUCUUGCUGGCAGCACUUCUGUAAGAAAGAAGCAAGUAAGAUCAAGUUUUUGCAUGUUUUACAAAGUUGGGAUGAUGAUAUGAAA